GAUCUCAAGGCCUGCCUUUGCGUCGACAUAGCUCUUCAAGCUGAUCUGUCUGAAUGCGUACAGACCACCUGUCCUUUCGCGGAUCAGGUAGUGGCCGGGAAGAUUGAGACGGAGAUAUGCGAUGGCUUCCCGAAGGAGUCUCGCAGCUGGGAAGUCAUAGGCGUCACCACUGCAGGAUGCGUCAUAGUCUUCCCCAUCAUCUUGCUCCGGCUGUACAGCAGGACGCACUACGCAACGGGGUUGUCGGGUGACGACUUUGCGACCAUCGCUGCCGCCGUUCUUCUCGCAGUACUUGCGUCUAUCAAUCUGUAUAACGCGAGGAUCGGCUUUGGCAUGCACUACUGGACUGUGCCCGCGGAAAUGGGGACCUUGAUAUUGAAGUUAUUCUACUUCAAUACUAUUGUCUACAUGGUCCUCCUGGUGGUUGGCAAGAUGGCUAUCCUGUUAGUCUAUCUGAGGAUCUUCCCAGGGUCAACAUUCCGCCACAUCACGUACGCGCUGAUCGGCUUUCUCGCCGUGCAUGGAGUUAUCUAUGCUCUCCUCACCACGCUACAGUGCAUUCCGAUCGACUCGAUCUGGGACCGCCUGAUAACAGAUCGGCGCUGCCUAGACGUGAACGCAGUUGUGUACAGCAGUGGCAUUCUGAGCAUUCUGGAAGACAUCGUCAUCCUCAUCUUGCCUAUGAAGCAGGUCUGGCAGCUGAACAUCCGCCGACAUCGUCGAAUAGUCCUCGUGGGCUUGUUCAGCGUUGGUUCUUUCGCUUGCCUCACCUCGAUGAUCCGCAUGAAGUAUGCCGUCGCGUACAGCACAACCUUUGACGCGACUUGGGACGGCGUGGACAUCGUCGUAUGGCCGGCAGUGGAACAGUUCUGCGCAUUACUAUGUGGCAGCUUACCAGCACUCCGGCCGCUCUUCGUGGAUGUCCUGGCGAGGUCACAGUCCAGCACAAGU